UUUUUUUUCUCUCAACGUAAUGCAACGUAACCCCCAAAAAAUUACGACAGAAAAACAGACAAAAAUAGAAAUAAAAAAUUUUUUCUUUUACAUUUUAUUAAUAAUAAAUAUAAAAACACCAAGUGCAUGUGUAUUUAAAGCUAUUUAAUAAAUUAUUAAAUACAUCAGGAUAAUUUCCAUCAUCAAAUCAACUUUUAAAAUAAUAUUGAGUAGCAAAUUUUUGGAUCAACAUAUAUUUAAAGGAUUAAAUUAAAGACACUCGUUGUUAAAAAUUUGGUAUUAUUUGACUGAUUAUUUUCAUCAAUUAAUAAUAAUAAAAAAACAAGAUGAAAAUACCAUCACAAAAUUCUUUUGUUCUUGAUGGUGGUGAUGAUUCAUUUGCAAAUCGUCAAAAGGCAUUAUUUGAUCAACUUUCACAAGCUGAAAAAAGUUGUAAUAUAAAUCAAGAUUCAUUAAUACCACUUGACACAAGUCCAAUAAGACCAUCACGUAAUUUACAAAUUGCUGCAAGACGUAAUAGAAAUGAAACACGUCAUCUUCAAGGUAAAGAAAGUAUCUUUAAACGUCCAGAAAUACCAGCACCAAAAACAAAUUAUCGUUCUAUACCAGAUUAUCAUAGAAAUCCUCAUAAAUGGAUUAAAUAUGAUCUUGAAGAUGUUAAAAGUAAAGACAUGUCUGAUAAAUGUAACACACAAACAGCUUUAUCAUUUUUACAUGAAUUAAAACAACGUAAAAAAAAUCAUGAAAAUGAUAAAAAAAAUAAACAUGAUAAAAUGGAUAUUGAUGAUAUUGAUUGUCCAUCAACAUCAUCAAGGAUAUCCUUUAGAAAACCAUCAAUAAGCAGUUCUAAAAAUGACACAAUAAUUGUUACUAAUGAUAAACCUGUUUUUCGAAAUAGUAAAAUUAUUUUUCCUGAAUAUGUUGUUGGACAAAAACAACCAAAAAAAGCUAAAAUUAAUAAAAAAAAACAUAUUGAUAUUAAUAAUACAAAUAAACAAUUAAAACUUGAUCAUCUUUUAGAAAUGGAAGAAGAUGAUUAAAUUAUUAUAAUUACAUAAAAUUAAAAAUAUAAAUUGUAAAUUUAAAAAAGUAAUAAUAUAGUUGAUGAAUUUAAUUUGUUUAUUAUUGGCUUUAAUAAUUUAAUUUAAUUUUAAAUUACAAUUACAAUGUAAUACAUGGUAUCUAUUAAUUACUAAUUUUAAAUUUCUUUUUUAAUUAUUUUGCUUGAAAAAUAAUGUAGCUGAUCAUUUCGUUUUUUUUAUUAAUCGAAACAAUUGUUUUAUUAAAUUUAUUAUUGACAUUGUUGCUUUGUCGGUUGAUAAAUAUUUCUCUUUUUAAAUUAUCUUUCAAUAAUAACAGUUAUUAAAUUGCACAGUUGUUGCACUUGAAAAUUAUAACUAAAUUAAAUUAAUAAAAUUUCUUUCUAAUUGAAAAAAAAAAUAAUAAAAAAUAUUUUAAUUGUUUUUUAGUUAUUUGUAGUACUGUUUGAGUAAUAAUCAUAAUUUUAUUGAUAAUUAAAUUUGAAAAAUAAUUAUUUAUAAUAAUUUAAAUUACAAAAUGACCAAGAAAUUUCCAAAUUUAUAUAAAUGUUAAUUUUUAUUUAUAUUUUUUAUUUAUAAAAAAUAUUAUAACGUUAAAAUUGAAUUUGAUUAAAACUGUGGGAAUAAAA